AUGUCAAUAUUACAAAGUUACGACAAUUUACCAAAAAUGGGACAGCGAGAAGCAGCUAUAAAGCUACACAUUUCCCAACCGAUACGCAGUGGGAAAGAAGAACAAGUUGAAUCAGCAUUAUCAUUAUGGUUUAUUAAUGUUAGAAAAAAUGAUGCACGCAUUAAUGGUCCAAUAUUGCGUCAAAAAGCUGAAGAACUUGCGAAAAAAAUGGGUAUAGAAAAUUUUAUUGCCUCAGAAGGAUGGUUUCAUCGCUGGAAGAAACGUGAAAAUAUUGUAUACAAACGAACGUACGGAGAACAAAAAGACGCGGAUUUCUCGACAGCAGAAAAUUGGAUAAAAACUGAAUGGCCAAAAAUUAUUUCAGAAUAUACGCCCGACAAUGUUUUUAAUGCUGAUGAAACUGGGUUAUAUUAUCGUGCCUUGCCUGAGCAUACUUAUUUAUUCAAAAACGAAAACGCAAAAGGCUGUAAGAAAUCAAAAGAGCACAUCACUGUCCUAUGUUGCGCGAGUAUGUCAGGUAAAAAACAAAAACUUUUGGUUAUAGGGAAAAAUAAAAAUCCUCGUUGUUUUAAAUCUGUAAAAUGUUUACCAGUUGAUUAUUACGCCAACACAAAUGCUUGGAUGACAUCAGUUAUUUUUAACGAAUGGUUAAUAAAGUGGGAUAAACAAUUGAAUAAUAAAAUCGUUUUACUUAUUGACAACUGUCCUGCACACGUGGUUAAUGUGUCUUUAAAACACAUUAGAAUCACACUUUUGCCAGCAAAUACAACAUCAUUAAUACAACCAUGUGACCAAGGAAUAACAAAAACCUUAAAAUCAUAUUAUCGCAAACAAAUGUGGACAAGAAUAAUAGACAAUAUAGAAAAUACAAAUGAUCAACAAAAAUUGUCCGCUAAUGAAUUAGCAAAACAAACCAACCUCUUAGAUGCAUUACAUCUUAUAACAAUGGCUUGGGACCAAGUGACAGAUAAAACAAUACGAAAUUGUUUUAAACAUGGGGGUUUUGCAGAAAGUAUCGAUGAGGAGGAAGAAGAAGAAUAUGAAGAAACAAAUAAACCUGGAGAAAUUGAAAAUGAAGAAAUUGAGCUCGAGUCACAAACAGACACUGAAAAACCUCCAAGUUCUUCGGAAAUGAGAGAGGCUCUACGAUGUUAUCAAUCGGAUUAUGUUAUCAGUUAUGUCCCGUAUCAAAGUGAUUACAUUAAGCGGCGACCAGUGUAUUAA